AUGGAGGCGGAGUUUGAACCCGCGGCCGCACCCGGCCAUGUUUCUCGCGGGCGGCUGCUGGGGCCUGGCAGUGUGCUCGCGCGCCGCAUCGAGCAGCAGCAAGCCGCGGCCGCGGCAACGGCUGCGGCGCGGCGGCGGCGGCGCGACGGACAUCUUCUCGGCGAACCCGGCAGCGGCGACGCCGGGGGCGGCGCGGACGGCGGGGCCGCGGAGGAUUCGGAAGCGGAGCGGGCAGUGCUGACGUGGCCGGAGCUAUGGGAUGCCCGGGCCCUCGCCUCGAACCUCGCCUCGGCGCCGUCGCUCGACGGCGCCGCGCGCCGCGCGCGCGCGGGCGUUGACUGGGGCCCGGCGACGGCGGGCGAGCUGAGGCGGAGGCGGCUGCGGGAGGGACGGCUGCGGGACAGGCGCGCGGAUGCGGCGAUUCUGCGGUACAGCGAGCAGCUGGCUGUCUCGCUCGGGAACAGGCAGCAGCAGCAGCAGCAGCAGCAGCAGCAGCAGCAGCAGCAGCAGCAGCAGCAGCAGCAGGAGGAGCAGCAAGAGGAGCAGCAGGAAGAGCGGCAAGCUGCAAAGAUCGCGACGUCGGCCAAGCGGCGUCGCAUCGAUGGUGCCAACGGCUCACCCGGGCUGCCGGGCGUGGCAAGCGGCCCGCAGGGCUGGGUGUGCUUGAACCGCCAGGGUGCCCCGGGGCCGGAGGGGCGGGGAGACGCAGCGGCGCCCACGCUGGAGGUCUGCGGCGCCGCCAACCACAGCCUCGACGGCGCGUGCGCGGCGUGCGGCGCGCCGCGCUGGGACGGGGCGGGCGGGCAGCUGGCCGCGCGCGUGGCGGCGCUGCUGCAGACGGCUGACCUUGAGGGCACGACGGGCAAGCAGAGGCGCGCGGGCCCGGCGGCGCGCCGGCAGAAGCGGCGGCCGCGCUAG